AUGAGUAAAAUUGGAGAAGGGGAGCGGCGCGGGGCCGCAACUUCCAAUCGGCAACACGAAAGAAUCGCGACGAGCUGGAGGUGGAGAACACCCAAGGCCGUUAGGCCGUGCAGGCCACCUGUCCUUCUUCCUCCUCCUUCGCCCCCUCCAAAAUUGUUGGGGAACCCCCACAGCUCCGAGAGUGUCCGACCUCCGCCGCGGCCUGGAGGCGCUGACCCGAGUUGGCCGGACCCACGGAUCGAAAACAGACCGAGGGGCUUCGGGGGGAGGGACGAGGGGGGCACGGGACCGAGAAAAGCCCGGAGUGCUGGGAGAAAAGCCCCCUGCCCCGCCCCCACCAGCCGGCCGGCUGCUAAGGAUGCGGGCCUCCCUCGCGCCGGUCGACCCCCGCCCGCGUGGGCCGCCCAGUGCAAAGCCCACCGCCCUCCCCCGUAUCUCCAGAACCGAGUGAGAAGGAGCGGGGAGGAGGACCGACCCUCGGACCAUGUGGCCGCAUCCCAGCACAGCAUCCCAGACCUCAGCCGGAUUCCAGCACGACACCCCAGAGUCCAGCACAGCACCCCAGAGCCCAGCUGGACCCCAGCACAGCCCCCCAGGGCCCAGGACAGGCCCCCAGACCCCAGCCGGACCCCAGCAAGAGCAAGCCUCCGUUAUCUGGCUGGUCCCUCCGACGGCCACCCGGGCGGGAGAGCCGAGGAUGAAGCCCCCAAACGCCCUGGGGCUCCGGGGGGCAGCGGGCUCCGGGGGGCAGCGGGCUCCGGGACCCGAUGGGCGCCCGUGAGCGUCCUCCCCGACGGCGGAUCCAGCGGGAAGGGUUUUCUUCCCUGGCCGGGCCGACCCGGGGAGGGCGAGAGGAGGGCGAACCGCCGGGCUCCGAUACCAUCUCCCCUGGGGGCCAUCCAUCCCGCGGCUUCGGGGAUGCGGGGUUUAAAGCGAGAGCGAACCUCAACGCAAAACAAGCCCCCUCCCCCGGUCCGAAAAGGGGGCGGAGAGGGCAGAGCAGACAAGAGAGAAGAAGGAAUUCCCGGGCAGGGAUCCCGGCACGAUCGACCGGACAGACGGACGGGGAGGACGAACCCACCCACCCGGGAGACAAGGCGGGGAGAUCUCCGAGAUUUCCCCGGGCUCCGGCGGCGGGCACGCGGGUUGGCAGGAGAAACUGUGCUAAAAGCUAAGCUAAACCUUUCGGGCAACCGGCCCCCCGGGACGAAGGGGGCCGUGUCUCCGGAGAGGGUGACCGCAGGUCCCAAAUUUCGCCCCCACCCCGCAACCGACGGCUUUCGGCGCAGGAGCCUCAGACCGCCGGGGACGUUCACUGGAGAUGCUUUCCUUAGCAGAGGUCAGUCUCCAGUGCCCACCGGAGGGAAAGAGAUGGACCCGUGGGAAACCACGCCGCAUCCGUAA